GCACCAGGCUUCAGAAGCGGUAGGAGGGCUGUCCGCACAGGCUCCGCCCCCAGCGUCCUGUGGCCAUGACGACCGUUCCGCGGGACUCCCUGGUGUGGAAGCUGGCGGGGCUGCUGCGGGAGUCCGGGGAUGGGGUCCUAUCUGGCUGUAGUACACUGAGCCUUCUGACCACAACACUGCAGCAGCUGACCCGUGUCUUUGAGCUGUACCUAGGACCAUGGAGUCCUGGCCAGACAGGCUUUGUGGCUCUGCCCUCUCACCCUGCCGAUUCGCCUGUCAUCCUCCAGCUUCAAUUCCUCUUCGAUGUGCUACAGAAAACACUUUCACUCAAGUUGGUACACAUCCCUGGUCCUGGUCUGCCAGGACCCAUCAAGAUUUUCCCAUUCAAGUCCCUUCGGCAGCUGGAGCUCCGAGGUGUUCCCCUCCACUGCCUGCAUGGUCUCCGUGGCAUCUACUCUCAACUGGAGACUCUGAUUUGCAGCAGGAGCAUUCAGGCUCUAGAGGAGCUCCUCUCAGCCUGCGGUGGGGACUUCUGCUCUGCCCUCCCCUGGCUGGCUUUGCUUUCCGCUGACUUCAGCUACAAUGCAUUGACAGCCUUAGACAGUUCCCUGCGUCUCUUGUCAGCUCUGCGUUUCCUGAACCUGAGCCAUAAUCGAGUCCAGGACUGCAAAGGCUUCCUGAUGGAUUUAUCUGAGCUUUACCACUUGGACAUCUCCUAUAAUCACCUGCACUUGGUGCCAAGAAUGGGACCUUCUGGGGCUGCUCUGGGGACCUUGAUUCUGCGAGGCAAUGAGCUUCAGAGCCUGCGAGGCCUAGAGCACCUGAGGAACCUGCGACACCUGGAUGUGGCCUAUAACCUGCUGGAAGGACACAGGGAGCUGGCACCGCUGUGGCUGCUGGGUGAACUCCGCAAGCUCUACCUGGAGGGGAACCCUUUGUGGUUUCAUCCUGAGCACCGUGUGGCCACUGCCCAGUACUUGUCACCCCAGGCCAGGAAUGCUGCCCAUGGAUUCCUUCUUGAUGGCAAGGUCUUGUCACUGAAGGAUCUUCAGACCUCUGCAUCCUCGGGACCUAGCCCCAUAGCCCCACCUGUGUCCUGGCCAGUGGGGAGUACCACAGAAACUUCAGGUGGCCCUGAGCUGAGUGAUAGUCUUUCCUCAGGGGGUGUUGUGACCCAGCCCCCACUUCGUAAGGUUAAGAGCCGAGUUCGUGUGAGACGGGCAAGCAUCUCUGAGCCCAGUGAUACAGACCCAGAGCCCAGAACUCUAGACCCCUCUCCUGCUGGAUGGUUUGUGCAACAACAUCGGGAGCUAGAGCUCCUGAACAGCUUCCGGGAGCGCUUUGGCUGUGACUGGCUGCAAUAUAGGAACCACCUGGAGACCUCAGGGAGCCCCCCUCUGGCUGCCCCCAAGACACCUGCUAUCAGUGUCCCUCCCCUGGGUGCCCUGGGCCCUGAGUCUCCCUCCAGUCCUUUGGUCCCAAAGAAGGAAGCUAGAACCCCUGAGAAGUCACCAUCAAAGGUAUCAGAGGAGAGCAGGGUAGUGCCAGAGUGCCAGGAGGAAGAGGAGAGAGAGGAGCAGAAAAAAGAAACAAGGGAGGAACAGGAGGAAGAAGAGGAGCAGGAGCCAAAGGAAGUAGAAGCGGAGCUCUGUCGGCCCAUGUUAGUGUGUCCCCUGCAGGGGCCUGAAGGCCUGCGAGGCAGGGAGUGUUUUCUCCAGGUCACUUCGGCCCACUUGUUUGAGGUGGAACUCCAAGCAGCCCAAACCAUGGAGCGGUUGGAGCUGCAGAGUCUGGUGGCAGCUGAACUAGAGCCUGAGGCUCAAGCCCAGGGAGAACCGGUGCUCGGGGGCUCAGAUCUGCUUCCAAGGGCCCCUGUUCUUGUGCUGCGCUUUUCCUACAUCUGCCCUGACCGGCGGCUACGCCGUUACAUGGUGUUGGAGCCUGAUGCCCAUGUGGCCAUCCAGGAGCUACUUUCUGUGCUGACCCCAUUUACCACUGUGGCACAGCAGCAGCUUGGGCAGGCAAGGGAGCUGCUGGGGGGCAGAUUCCAGUGCUUGCGUUGUGGCUGUGAGUUCAAGCCCAAGGUGGAAUUGGACAGUGAGGAAGGCUGGAGGCCUUUGUUCCAAAAGACAGAGUCUCCUACUGUGUGUCCAGACUGUGGAAGUGACCAUGUGGUUCUCCUGGCUCUGUCUGGGGAAACCCUCAACAGGGAGCAGAACCAGGGAGAGCAGUCACUAGCUGUCUCCCAAUCCCCUGUCUGUGACCAGCCUGGACAAGGUCACCAUCCCAAUAGGGUUGAUAGCAUCCCACCUGAGGUUACCAUCUCCCAUGGGCGUAGCAGCUGGAGCCUUAGUCCCCCCCCUGAGCCCUCUGGCUUCCGCUCUGUGGAUCACCGACUCCGACUCUUCCUGGAUGUUGAGGUGUUCAGUGAUGCUCAGGAGGAGUUCCAGUGCUGCAUCAAGGUGCCAGUAGUGUUGGCAGGCCACAGGGAGGAGUUUCAGUGUCUUGUGGUUGUGUCUGACCACAGGCUUUACCUGUUGAAGGUUGCAGGGCCAAUCUGUGGGCCUCCGGCCAGCUGGCUCCAGCCUACCCUGGCCAUUCCCCUGCAGGAUCUGAGUGGCAUGGAGCUGGGCCUGGCAGGCCAGAGCCUGCGGAUGGAGUGGGCGGCUGGGCUGGGCAGCUGUGUGCUGCUGCCUCGAGAUGCCAGGCGGUGCCAGGCCUUUCUUGAGGAGCUUGUUGGUAUCUUGCAGUCUCUGCCCUCUCCUCAGAGGAACUGUAUCUGCACCAAGGAGGAGGAGGUGACCCCGAAGCACCGGCUGUGGCCAUUGCUGGAAAAGGACACUUCCUCAGAGGCUCCCCAAUUCUUCUACCUUCAGGUGUUCCUAGUUGAAGGCCUCUCUACCUGCCCUGUGUCCCUGUUGCUGACGCUGUCUACCCUGUACAUGUUAGACGAGGAUCUUGCAGGGUCCCAGCUGGAGACACACCUCCUAGCAUCAUCUGGUGAAGCCUCUGAGCAGGCCUCUUUCCUGAGGCCCAACCCUUCCCUGCGGGUCAGGGAGCAGCAGCCCCUCAGCAGCCUGAGCUCAGUGCUGCUCUAUCGCACAGCCCCUGAAGACAUGCGCCUGGUCUUCUAUGAUGAGGUAUCUCGGCUAGAGAGUUUCUGGGCUCUUCGUGUUGUAUGUGGGGAGCAGCUGACAGCCCUGCUGGCCUGGAUCCGGCCCCCCUGGGAGGAGUUGUUUUCAAUUGGACUCCGGACUGUGACCCAGGAGGCUCUGGACUUUGAUAAUGGGUCACAUUGACCCCAACUCUGACUCAGGAGUCAGGCUGCAGACACUCCUCCUGGUCUUGGGCUCUGGCUUCCAGACUGCCUGUGGACCUCCAGCCUGUGGGCACUGGCAAUUGAGGCCCCAAAUGACCCAUAACAUAAGGGAAGGGUGAGUGAAAUUGGUCCCCAGGUGAUUUGGCCUAAGGGGAAAGGUUAAGUGGUCAGUGAGAAUGGUUUUCCUACACUUUUCUCAGGUAUGAAUAAAGUUGUUUCUAUUCCAGA